CGUGCCGGUAUGUCCGGUCGCGGCAAAGGCGGGAAGGGCCUGGGCAAGGGGGGCGCCAAGCGCCACCGCAAGGUGCUGCGCGACAACAUCCAGGGCAUCACGAAGCCCGCCAUCCGGCGGCUGGCCCGGCGCGGCGGCGUCAAGCGCAUCUCCGGCCUCAUCUACGAGGAGACCCGCGGCGUGCUCAAGGUGUUCCUGGAGAACGUGAUCCGGGACGCCGUCACCUACACGGAGCACGCCAAGCGCAAGACGGUCACGGCCAUGGACGUGGUGUACGCGCUCAAGCGCCAGGGCCGCACCCUCUACGGCUUCGGGGGCUGAACUCCAGGUUCCCGGCUUCCGGGGCUCUGCGCACCCCCGUCCUGCCGUGUCUACAAACAAAAGGCCCUUUUCAGGGCUCCCCCCACUCUCACAGAGGAGCCGUGACGCUAGUUUGACGCUCGCCGGUCCGCGUCCCGCACGGGUCGCUCCCUCCUGUUGCAAACCUACAACAGCGAACCUUUCCGCCUGGCUUGGGGUCUUGUUAGCUGCGAAUUCGCUCGAGGAAGCAGGUCGUGUGAAGAGGCUUCUGAGGCCUGCGGUGGACACAACUUCCUUUUUGAGGCUUAACUGUGGGCCUGCUGGGGAGACCCCCUCCUGUGAUCGGCCCCUUGCCAGAAGUCCUGCAGAGUCUGCUUGGCAGAGUUGAAAGAAAGUUUUCAGACUUAAAGUUAGGGAAGUUUUUAUUCUAAGAAAGGUGGCAAUCUAUUUUUAAGUUUGUAAUUGAGGGCUCCGCUCCCUCUAAAUGUCACCUGUCAAUCAGGUCAGUGGUGUCUAAGUCUGGAGGGGCCACUAAUGUCCUAUUGUUCGCCAUCACUUCCCACGAAGAGUAGACAGCUUUUAAAGGUUAACGCUAAAUGUGUAUGUUUUAAGGGCAAGGAUCCUAAUCGGCGCUCGUUCAGCGUUAAUUUAUGACGUACAAAUGGAUGUAACACAUGGAAAAUGUACUUUUAACUCGUGGGAAAAUGUCAGCUUUGGCACCAGCGAGUGGACCCACGUGAACUUUGGACAUAAAGACGAAUCUCUUAAGCAUGUAAAGCAAACAAAAUAUUGUGAAAGUUAAGACGUAAAUGUCCUGUUGUAUAACCUUGCUUACUGAAGUGAUGCGAGGUGGUGAAACGUCUAAACAGAGUCGUUAUAGAAGCGUCACUUGGUUGUGAGAGCAGGUUCAGUUCUAACUCUUUCCUGGGCCUCAGUUUUUUCACCUACACGGUUAGGAGGAGGAAGCGGAGGAGGAGGAGGAGACCUCACUCAAAGGAUUAUUUUGAGGAUUGAGUUGCUAAUGACAAGUGCUUGAAUCCUGCCUGCCACACAGAGCUGUGUGAAGCACUUACAUUUACGUUCCGCCACUAAUUGUAUCUCAUUUUGUGACCUCCGGGUGUGAGCAACUUUUCUUGAACAACCACAUUCCAGUAGAGAUCCAGCCACAUUAACAGGAGAUACUAUAGUCUCUUAGGGAGCCGUGCAUAAUACUCCGGUGUAUGUUUUUUCCAAACAACUUUGCAAAUGUCGGAGAUAUUCUACUUAUUUAUUUAUUUAUUUACGGAGUAGAAUUUCGUGUUUCAUUACUUACAUGUAACACCCAGUGCUCAUCCCAACAAGUGUCCUCCUUAAUGCCCAUCACCCAUCUCACCCAUCCCCCACCCAAUGGAGGUAUUCUCUUGAUUAUUCUUACAAUGUAUACUUGUUCAUUUGUACUCAUUCUGGGUUUAUGCCUUGCUGGCCUCAAAAUACACCACCAGACAAGCUGUCCUGUGGCCCAGAAAGACUCAGACCAAAUUUAAAUGCUGGGGAUGCUUGUGUGUGUGUGUAUGUGUGUGUGUGUGUGUGUGUGUGUGUGUGUGUUUUGUUUGUUUUUAAUACAUUUGAGUACAUAGCCUGAGACAGGGGGAAAGACGUGUGGUAAGUUAAGGCUUGGGUAAAGGCAUGAGGAGAUAGAUGGACCACAGCAGCUGAAUCAUUGGUCAUGCAUUUAGUUACCUUUCUCUCUGCCACAUGCAGCCUUUCUUCUUGAAGACUACAGCCCAAGUUGGGACAAGUAGUUCCUCAAAUGGAAGGCGCCCGGGGCCAAUGACAGGGAGCUAGUCUAUGGAAGACAGACGGUUAUUCCUGGUCACAGUUGAUGCUUACUAGUUCACCUGCCUAAUGGGCGUGUGCUUGAUUUGCGUAUCUUAGGCAAAGGACGUGUGGGGCCAGGAUGGACAUCACCAGAGGGUGACUGAAUCAAGGUACUACGUGUUCUAAGUAUAUUUAGUGUAUCACGAAUAUUUAGUGCCUCACGUAUCUCAUGCAUAUUUAGUGUCUGGUGUUUCAAGUAUAAAAGUGCCUCAUGAAUAUUACAUGUCUCUUGGUCCUUUACCCCUUCUUUAUAUCCUUAAUACAUACACACUCCACUUUCUAGGUAUUUACCUAUACUUAAGACAGAAGUUUCAUCCAUCACAUUUGUUUCUCUAGCAGUAUUGAAUAUCUGCAAAUAGUAGAGAAAUAUACACUUUGAAAUGUUUAGGGAACCAACAUCAAGGCUUUUUAUCAACUGUGAUACUUCAUCUUAUGAUGAAGUAUUUUAAAUUUUAUCUUUUGUCUUACUUGGUCUGUUUUAAUGAUGGUUUGAAAAGGGGAUAAAGGAAAGGCCUACUUGUUUUAAGAAGGAUCAAUUAGUUCUAAGCCUAUACCAACCACAUUAUAAUAACCGCAUUCCUUGGAUUCCUUGGAUUCCUAGCAUUUUGCAUAAAAUCCAACCAUUAUUCUGUGAAGUUUUGUAGAUAGAGCCAAUCAAUAUAUAACCUGUUUUCAACAGAGUCGAUAGUUUUAAGAUUCCUGACAAUUUACCAGGAGUUCUUUUAAUAGAAUAUUUUUUUAAAAUUUGAGGAAUCCAUUUGAAAAAGACAACAAUUACAAGUAUAAGAGGACUUUAGUAAGGGAAUUUUAGCCACAACCAAAUCAGUUCAUUCAGUCCUAACUAAUUAACUCUUGCUUUGCUGAUCUUGGGUUAAGUACCCUGCUUCUAAUACAGCUUGGAAAAUUUUAAAUCAGUCCCAAGGUAGAGUCUGACAGGUAUCUGGAACAAUUAUUUAUUAAAGUUCUUUUGAUGCUUCUUCUGUAAAACUCAAUUUCAGAUCUGUAUCUUGUAGCAUGGGCCUAUAGAGAACAGCGUAAGGAAAAAUAGUAACCAUCCAUUGAUGACUAGAGAACGUCUGGUUAAUUUAUUAUAUUAAUCAGUGUUAUCAUUAUGGAAUAGGAUAGAAUCCUCUAUUUAGGUAUGAUACUGUGAAUACGGAGAUUGAUAAACCUCCAGGAACCUUCUGAUAUUUCCCGGAAAGUAUUUGUUAUUUUUUUUCGCCGUGGCGUUGAUAUCUAGGAACAAAGUCUGUUGGUAGUUUU